ACCACGAGUCGUCCAACCAGUUCUACUGCUCACAACCUUGUCUCCCUCUUGUUAGCACACCUUCCCAAGCCAACAAUGGGCCAUUCACCAUUGUAGGCAGAUGCCAAAAAGCACAAGAUCAGGCAGGCAGACAGACAGGCAAAGAGAGUUGAACGACCGGCGGGGCAGUGGACCCGGAGAAUAAAGUCUACAGCCGUUGUCACAGGGACAGAGAUUGUCCGUUCAGACAUCGGGGAGAACCGGCCUGUUUGGGAGAUGAUGAAACUUCUACUGGGCAUCGCAGUGCUGUUCCUCGCAGCUCAGCUGUCGGAAUCCGCCUGCUUCGUACAGACACAGAGCACAAUAGCUCCGGGCGAAUCCCAGGAGUCCAACGUCUGUAUUGAUGAGACCGACGGGUCGGUGCACGAAGUGGGAGAAUCGUGGAACGCAACAAACUGCAUGGUGUGCUGGUGUAGUAUUGGAAGCUACGGAUGCUGUGAUCGGGCUCUCAGACCAAACGUGUUCCCUGAUGAUGUUGUCGCAGUUUUCGAUCCUGAAGCUUGUGUCUAUAGAUUCCACUCGAGGGACGACCCAUCUAUCUAAUGUCCCACGUUCGGAGCUGUUGGGAAAUGAGCUGGAAUAAACAGGCAGCUCCCUUCUAAGGUGGAGAUAAUGGGAUACGGGAGCCUUGACUCUUGCAUGUAAUGUCUGUAUAACAAUAAACAUAUUCUGCAGUUGG